GUUUACAAAAUUAUCUAGAAAAUUUCGACACCGGUGCACAAGUGCUGGAACCUACUGUUUAUAUAAUAAUAGUAAACUCUCGGGCUUGUACUAGUUCAACUCAUACAAACAACGAUGGCCAACGGUCCACCAACGCGCAACCUAAUGCGCAUCGUGCUGGACAACUUUCUCAAAUCGUUUCGACCGCGCCAAAUGAAGGGCAACUACGUUGGGGAGGAUUAUUUCGGUAACAAAUAUUAUGAAAUUCCUGCUGAUCCAUCCGUCGGUCGGCGCCGUGCGUCUCGGUGGUUCGAACCUACCGCCAAGGAGGCGUACGAUCAAGAGAUUACCGCCGAAUGGGAAGCGUGGCUACGUGGAAGAAGGAAGGAACCGCCGACGGAGCAGGAACUGCUGAAAAAUCUGGCCAUUAUGAAGAUGAAAGAGCGCAAUGCAGCCGAACUGGAGGCCAAGUACAGCAAACCAAAGGAUGCGGCGGCACUGGAGCAGCAGAAAACGGGAAUGGGUUCGUUCCCUCAGUACGACGAGUACGAAGUUAUGCCUGGCAAAGGAAAGCACGAAAAAUAGAGCGAACUUUUGCUGUUUGGAAGACAUUUGAAAGGCAAAAAGAGAAGAAAAAAAUAUACCGCACGGGGUCAAUGAUUUUGGUGACGUUAGUCCUAUAUUUCCUUGAUCAUGUAGCACCGGAAAAGCAGCAAAACGAACAAAUGGCCGUUACGCGCUUCCCGAGUUUGUAUAUACAGUUAAAUUAUAAUAUAUUAGAGCAAGAGCAGCGUUGAGCGACGCUCGAAAUUUAUGGUGGAUUUAAUUAGGUCCGUGUGAAUUCCUAGGUAUUGCGCCUUCAAUACACACAGCUCGUCCUUUACGAUGCAGGAUUAUUUUGA